CUGCCGGCUGCCGCUGCUGCGCCCGGCUGGAAGUUUGGCUGGCAGCUCCGGCUCCCCAGGCAGCCGCCGAGAGCCCCGCUCGGAGCCGGAGGCAGGGGUGGAAGCGCCGAGCCAUCCGCAAGCCGCUUUGGCGCUCUCCUUUCUCCUCAGCCCGACGGACACGCCGCCGCCGUUGCUGUCUCCAACCGCAGCAUGCUGAAAGUCACCAUGCCCUCCUCCUCCUCGUCUUCGUCGUCUGCUGCCUCGGGUAGGGCUCCGGGUGCUGCUCCUGCUGGCUCCACUGCCCCCGACUACUGGAUCGACGGCUCUAACCGAGACACCUUGGCCGAGUACUACGAGCUGGAGUCAGAGCUGGGAGGGGGUGCUACAUCUAUUGUGUACAGAUGCAGGCAGAAGGGAACACAGAAGCCCUAUGCUGUCAAAAUCCUGAAGAAAACAGUAGACAAGAAGAUUGUUCGAACGGAGAUAGGAGUUUUACUUCGACUUUCACAUCCAAAUAUUAUAAAACUGAAGGAGAUAUUUGAAACCACCACAGAAAUCAGCCUUGUCUUGGAGUUGGUCACGGGAGGAGAACUGUUUGACAGGAUUGUGGAAAAGGGAUAUUAUAGUGAGCGAGAUGCUGCUGAUGCUGUGAAACAAAUCCUGGAGGCAGUUGCAGUAAGUAUUGAUUAG